AAUGGACGAAUUUUUUGAUGAUCCAGCUGGCACUAUAGAGACAUAUGUAGAUCCUGAAGUUGCAGCUUAACCUUUAAUGUUUAAUGAUGCAGGUAUGGUACUUUGGAAAUCUUAAUUAAGCCAGAUAGCCAUUUGAAAUACCUAUUGUACCUAAUGCUGGAGUUACUCUAGUGGUAUAUAUAUGAAAGAUUAAAUUCUAACUAUUUAGAGUGCUGAAUAAUAAAAGAGAAGAGACAAAUUAAGAGAAUUAGAAGAAGAAAGAAUUAAAAUUGUAAGAGAGAAAGAUUAGGAAGAAAGAAUUUAAAAAUAAUAAAGAAAGGAGAAAGCUUAACAAUAUUUACUGCAAUUCUAAACGUAUUUCUAUAUAUAUUCUAUAUAAAGGGAAUUGAAAAAUGACAUUCAAGCAAGAAAACUGGCAAAUAAACAAACUUAAGAACUAAGGUCUUAAAAUAAAAGUGAAUAUGUAUUGUGUUAUUCAUGCUACUCAAGAAAAACUCUUGGGAUAAGAUAGCAUCCAACAUUGCUUUGAAAGAUGGUGAAUAUCCUGGAGAAAAAGAUGUAGCCAAAAUGAGACAAGCCAUACUUAACAAGAGGAAAGACUUGACUAAGUGA